UCUUACCGUAGAUAGCCCUUUUGAACGCAGCAUUCUGCGGCCCCAAUGCGUGUUGACCAUCCUCGCAAUGAACCUUAGCCGUGGGAACGGGAAAAAUGCAUGCGAUCAGAAAUGGAGGGCCUAUUUGGGGCUUCUCCUCGCUGUUGCCCUCACUUUCGCCGUUCUCCACCGAACCGGGCAUCUUCUACACUAUGUCUUGGGUGCCCUUGUACUCAUAGGAGGCAUUGCCAGAUAUUGGCGGCCCCGGCUGGGGGUUGGAGAUCCGCGGCCAUUGGUCAUCGUGCUACCGAAGAAUGCUAAGUUCAGUCCCGAGGUGGAAUGCAUGGCAGUGCCUUGCUUGCUGGAGCUCUCUGAUGAGAAGAAAUCUCAACUUUGGUGGCAGCAGGAUGACUUUGAUGAAUUUCUCAAAGUUCGCCUGGAGAUUGCCAAAGCCUACAAGGCUGCUGCGCAGACUUUAGGUGUGGAAUUCAACUCUGUCUGCAGCGUUGGGGUGCACUCCUUCGCAGGUUAUCAGGCCAUGCGUGAAGCAUAUCCCAGUCUAAAGGAUGAGUCUCGACGGGGCCUGGGCUUGGGACGGAAACGUUCCCGAGCCAAAAACCGGGUGGCCUACAUCUCGGCCGUGACGAAGGAGCAGAGGAGGCAACAUGAGUUGGGCAUCAUGGAUGAGGAGGCCUUGGCUCGCGUGGCGUCCCGCUUUUCGAAGAACGAUCAGCAGUACGCACAUUUUUUGGCACAAACCUACUACGAACAAGAUCGUGCAGAUGAAGAACAUGCCAAAGAGGAGCCAGAAGUGCCCACCGUAGAGCUGAAUGAGCUGAACUUGCCUGCUCCGGCCAGAGAGAACGAAAGAGACAGGAGGAUGGCAUCCAAUCAGAGCGUAUUGAGUACUAAGGAGGAUGAUUCACCCUCGAAAUUCUGGACUUUUUCCAGGUUCAAAGAGCUCUUGGUGGAUUCCACCAACGAGGCUCCACCAUCACCGUCCCCCAGGAGUUCUGCGGCUGUCUCGCGCGCCAAGGGCUUCGGCCUUUCCAAGUCUCAGCUCCAAGCUGCUGGGCUCAGUGCCACGGGCCACGCCCUUUGUAAGUCCUCCAGGCCAGCAGCUGAUGACUCUCAUGACAGUGAGAUGAGUGGCGCAGAGAGUGAAGCACCUACGGACAUGGACUAAGUCCAAGUCCAUAAUUCUCAGGGCCUUUUAUGCCCCCAUAAUUAUGUCGCCCAAAAGUUCAAAAUGUGUCGUGCAGCUUGUUGCUAGGGU